GUGUCGCAAAGCGUUGGCCGUGGUUCCCCUGCUGCACUUCGAAGCUUAGUUGGAGGCACAAUCCCGUGUUGUGGACGCAGGGAUUAGUGGAGAACACGAAACAGACAUCCCUUCCUCAACGCCGGCACGCCAUCUCUUCGCUUCUCCCUCACGCCUCAAAUUUCGUGCCGCAAACUCCUCGUUCCUCGGUAAUCUGUCUCCGAACUCAAGAUGAGGCCCUUGGCUUGCUGCAAGAGUUCGUACCAAGAGGAAGAUGAAGAAGUGCAGACGAGGGGCCAAAAGCACCGGGUCUUCACGUAUGAGGAGAUUCACGCUGCCACCUCUGGCUUCUCAGCCUCGGCCCUCCUCGGCCGCGGCAGCCAUGGCUCGGUCUAUCGCGCCUCGCUCGACCAAGGGCGCUUACUCGCCGCCGCCAAGCUCCCUUCCUUGGCUUUUGCCUCCUCCGGUUCCCCCUCGGCCACCGACGCCGAGAUCGACCUCCUCUCGUCGCUCCCCCGCAGCCCGCUUUUCGUGAACCUCGUCGGCGCUACGCCGGCCUCUGGGCCGUCCCCCCGCAUCCCGGUCGUCGACCUCAUGCCGCAUGGCUCGCUCUACGACCUCCUGCACGACCCGCUCCGCCCCUCGCCGCCCUUCUCACACCGCCUCCGCCUCGCCCUUCGCUCCGCCGCUGCUCUCGCGCAACUCCACUCCCUCCGCGUCGUCCACCGCGACGUCAAGCCCGCCAAUCUCCUCCUGGACGCCAAGGGCCGGACCCGCCUCGCAGACUUCGGGCUUGCCAUUCGGCUGCCGCUUCCGGGCGGCGAUGAGGACAGGUCUCUUCCACCUCCGGCAGGCACCAUGGGCUACCUCGACCCGGGUUACGUCCGCCCUGUGGACGCCAGCACCAGGACCGACGUGUACAGCUUCGGCGUCCUCCUCCUCGAGGUACUCAGCGGGCGGGAGGCCAUCGACGUGGAGUAUAGCCCGCCGUCGCUGGUGGACUGGGCGACGCCGUUGCUGGAGGAGGGGAGGUUCGAGGAGCUAUGGGACCCGCGGGCGGCGCCGGAGGAUAGGAGUGAGGAGGAGGCAGCGAGGGCGGUCGCAGAGGUUGCAGGGAGGUGCUUGGCUCCGGCCGCAGGGGAUCGACCAUCGAUGGCUGAGGUGGUGACGGUGCUUCGGGCGGCCAACCGGCGGCGGUUGUGGCGGUGGGCUCUGCGACGGCCGGGGAAGAGGUCGCGCCCGCCGAAUGGCCGCAACAGCGUGUCCGACGUGGCGGGCUCGUAACGUCGCGCGGCCUUUAGUUUUCUCAUCGUCUCUUCCGAUCGGCCGUGUUAUUCCGAACAGAAAACACCGAGGUGCCCGCUUUACCACUAAGAGCAUUCGUCGCUUGCUGUGAACAGGAUGUGUGCAAUGAUGUCGAUUUGAUGGCGCGUGGUUGGAUAAUAACAGCCACCUCAGUAGUGUCACGACUCGUGAGGACUGGCAUUAUAAUGCUUCCCACAUCUGCGACAGGGCCGCGGGCGAGUCAUUCAUUCACUGGCAUGUACGUACUUAAAAAACAUUUAAUUAAUAAUAUAUAUAAUUUGCUUUUUCUACAAA